CCCGAUCCGCGUGGACUAGAAGCGGAGCCUGCGACCGGGGGCAGGUGAACCUGUGGGAGAGGAUGGCCCCUGCGGGAGACUACAGACAGAUGCCCUGGCUCCCCGUCCUGGUGGUGUCUCUGAUGUGCGGGGCCAGAGCAGAAUACAACAACUGCGGCGAGAAUGAAUACUACAACCAGACCACAGGGCUGUGCCAUGAGUGUCCCCAGUGUGGGCCGGGGGAGGAGCCGUACCUGUCCUGUGGCUAUGGCACCAAGGACGAAGACUACGGCUGCAUCCCUUGCCCAGCAGAGAAGUUUUCCAAAGGAGGCUACCAGAUAUGCAGGCGCCACAAAGACUGCGAGGGCUUCUUCAGGGCCACCGUGCUGAUGCCAGGGGACAUGGAGAAUGACGCCGAGUGUGGGCCUUGUCUCCCUGGCUACUACAUAUUGGAAAACAGACCCAGGAACAUCUACGGCAUGGUCUGCUAUUCCUGCCUCCUGGCGCCCCCCAACACCAAGGAAUGUGCUGGAGCCACCUCGGGGGUUUCUGCCAACUUCCCCAGCACUGCUGGCAGCAGCACCCUCUCUCCUUUCCAGCACGCCCAUAAAGAGCUCUCGGGCCAAGGACACCUGGCCACGGCGCUGAUCAUCGCCAUGUCCACCAUCUUCAUCAUGGCCAUUGCCAUCGUCCUCAUCAUCAUGUUCUACAUCAUGAAGACGAGGCCUUCUGCCCCAGCCUGCUGCGCCAGCCACUCGGUGAAGACUGCCGAAGCCCAAGUGAGCCAGGAGGAAGAGCAGAAGGAGGCCCAAGACAGCGUGGUGAUUUUCUCUGAGAAGGGCGAAUUUGAGAAGCUGGCCGCAGCUCCAGCAAAGACUGCCAAGAGCGAGAACGACGCCUCCUCUGAGAACGAGCAGCUGCUGAGCCGGAGCAUGGACAGCGACGAGGAGCCUGCCUCCGACAAGCAGGGCUCCCCAGAGCUGUGCUUGCUGUCGCUGGUCCACCUGGCCAGGGAGAAGGCGGCCACCACCACCAAGUCAGCCGGGAUUCAGAGUCGAAGGAAAAAGAUACUGGAUGUGUAUGCCAACGUAUGUGGCGUCGUCGAAGGUCUCAGCCCCACGGAGCUGCCCUUUGACUGCCUUGAGAAGACGAGCCGGAUGCUCAGCUCCACGUACAACUCCGAGAAGGCUGUUGUGAAAACGUGGCGCCACCUCGCCGAGAGCUUCGGGCUAAAGAGGGACGAGAUUGGGGGCAUGACGGACGGCAUGCAGCUGUUUGACCGCAUCAGCACGGCAGGCUACAGCAUCCCCGAGCUGCUCACAAAACUGGUGCAGAUAGAGCGGCUGGAUGCCGUGGAGUCCCUGUGCGCGGACAUCCUGGAGUGGGCCGGGGUCAUGCCGCCCGCCUCCCCGCUGCCCUCUGCGUCCUGAAGAGCGUGCCCCCCACCAUUGCUCUGGGGGUGCACCGGCGAUCUAAUGAGGGCUCAGGCUCUAAUGCGGGCUCUGGAGCUGCGGUGGUGCCAACAGACUGCCGAGAAUCAGGGCUUUUCCUGCUCUGUCACCCGGGCAGGCCUCGGGCUGUUUCCAGGGAACAAGAGGAAGCUGCAGAUAAAAGACUAAAGCCGGGCGCUCCCAGCCCCGCCGCACCUCCCGGGCAGAGAGUAUCCGGUCAGCCGGCCGGCCCACCGCCCUGAACUCGUGCGGGGCGCUGUUGGUACUCAAAUGAGCCAAAACUGUGGGGAUGACAGAGGUGAAGAACCUGGUCCCUGUUUAAGGAGUUUACAGCCCAGUGAGAGACAGAGGCAUGUCCACGAACCGCUUUGCUGGAAGAUGUCAAACAACCCGAACGAGGAGAUUCUAAGAGAAUGUCAUAAAGUUCUGAGAGAGCGGUGGCUUCCACUGGGGUGAUGAAGGCCGGCGGCCUCCACAUGAAGAAAGCAGCUCAGAAGUUCAGUGAAAUGGCUACGAAAUGCAGACAGCCCACCGCGUGUGUGUCCGGGCCAGUACAAGUGGGUUCGUUAGCAUGGCUCUGCCUGUCUUUGAGGCCGUCCAUGCCUACGUCCAUUCGAGUCCUGGAUGGAAGAACCUGCUUUACGUCACCGGCAGGCAAGGCGUGUGUCCGUCCAAUCAAGGAGACCUGCGCAGCCGUCGGUUUUAUUUUCCGCGUGUGUUCUAGGCCUGGGAACCCCAUUGCUCUUUAUCACACACAAAUUGCCUUCCCCCCUCAUUCGCAGUCAGAUCUGACCCUUAGGGGGCAGCAGUGCUCAAAGGACACAAGCCACUGAUAGUGCGCGUCAGGCUGUUGUUGCUUCAAAGAGAAAUGGGUGGCAACUCUGCUUAGAAAGGGAAACAGCGACUCCCUAACAGUUCAGCCACAUAAUUCUUGAUUUCCAGUGUCCGAGACUCACGCAUGAGGUGUGUGGUGCGAGAGAUCGGGGCACGCAGGGAGAGCCUGGGCUUGCGGCCCGGGGGCCUGGCUCUGGUUGUGCCAUCAGGGGCCGUUUUCUUCUUCGUCCCUGCGCCUGUUUGGCUUCUGCAGCUGAGAGGCCAGUCUGUGAUUCUGUAAUCACAAGGAAAGUAAGGCUCAGAUAAGCAGAAAGAAAGCGGAGCCGCAGGAAAUGCCAGGCCUCCGGGGUGCUCCAUGGGCGUGAAUAGCGCGUGGGCAUCAAGAAAGAUGAGAAUCCAAACAAAAAACUCCAAGUUUCCACAGUAAGCGCGAUUGUUUGGCAUACAUUCGGAAACGAGGUUAAUAAACGGGCAUUGCUCUUGGCAGGCUCUCUUACGACACCUGUAAUUGCAAAGAGCCUGGGAGCCAGGGUAGUGAUCACAGCAGGGGCUUAGCUUGGAGCUCACUGCCGAGCCCCCUAAGGACGGGUCUGACUGUGGUUACUACUAAAUUACCACCAGCCCUUCACUCAGAAAGCAGUGCGUUUUAAAAUUACAAGUUCUAUGACCGAGCAGAUGCUUUGAGGGAGGAAAUCAGUCAUGUUUAAAGCCAACAAGCAAUUUCCCACCAAUGAAUGUAGAACAUGUUGUGAUAGAAUCAUAAUGAAUAUUUAAUAUCAUCAUUUGCUAUGUCUGUUUGCUGCUGUUUGUCAGAACCUAUUUGCUAUAUCCUGCAAGCUAAAUACACCACAGCAAAACUGAAUUACCCUUUUCAACCCUCCUGAAGUCCAGGAUGCCCCUUUCUCCUGCUUCGUGACAACGAUGGUGAGAGUCUCCCCCUUGAUUAGACUGCAGAUGUCACAUGUAAGGAGCACACAUUUCCAGGAUAACAGCUUGCAGCUUCCUUAGAACAACAUUUGCAGUGAAGGAGCAGGGGUGGCUGUUUUCUGCACCCCCCGCCGGGUGGGGGAGAGGAAGGUUCCCUCUGUUCACACUGUUGAAUUCCGGGGCCAGUGGUCAGCCAGCAUGAGAUCAUGUUUUAUUGACUCUCAACCUGCCAUUUUUAGGGAGCUAGCUGCACAUACAGUUACACAUUUCUUUGUCAUUUACUUUUUUGGAGACAAAUCCAAAAAAACGUUUACUCUGAUAAGCUUCAGCCUGCGCAUGGAAUUCAAAUCAGUGAGACCAUAUGAUUAUCACUGGUCAAAGCUGGGAAUCCACCCUGACAUUUUGUGUGGAGACAGUCAUUAUUUUGCUAGACUUAAAAACAUUUAGAAAGCACCCCAGGCUAGAACAGUGGUCCCUAGCCAAUGAAGUCUUAAUUGUCCAUUUUUUUGUCUAAUUCUGUAUAUAUAACUUAUUAUAUUUUAUAGUUUCAAUAAAUAAACUAAUAAAAAAGAGAGCUACA